AUUUUCAAAACGGUGUAAUAAUAAACAACGGGUGCAUACAUAUUCAUAGAGUAAUAUCGAAUAAAUGCCAAUAGUUCCAACUACAAUGUGCCAAAACAAGUACGCUCAAUGAGUGCUGAGACGUCACUGAAAAAGAAUAAAAGUUGUGACAACAUUUGACUAGCAUCGGUCUGUACCAAUCACAUGCCUCAUCCUGUAAUACUUGCAACCAAUAGGAAGCUUUGGGGUGGAGCAUUCUGUCCAAUCGCGUUCGUGUUCAGUGGCUUUUUGAAAACGUUGGCGGCCGAUAGAGAGUUCAAAAUACUCUGGUUAGACUGUCCACAUUAAAGGUUAAAGUGCAUUUCUUCGCAACGAUGCAGAAAGGAAAGGAAAAUUAUGAGCCCAAAGGUUUCCAGAGACCUUAUGCUACACCUAACUUGAUAGCAGGCCCACAACGUGUUCAGGUGAAGUCUCGCCCAGAGGUAGACAAAAAUGCUGUCACAGGCCCUGGGAGAGAGUGUGUUGGCUCAUCCUCCAGUUCACCUCCAAAGAAAAUCACAAUUGAUGACUUUGACAUUGGCCGACCACUAGGGAAGGGCAAGUUUGGCAAUGUCUACCUUGCAAGAGUGAAGAAGCUACAAGCAAUAGUGGCACUGAAGGUGCUCUUCAAGUCCCAAAUGGAAAAGGAGGGUGUGGAGCAUCAACUCAGGAGAGAGAUUGAGAUUCAGGCUCAUCUUAAGCAUCCCAACAUCUUGCGCUUCUACAAUUAUUUCCAUGACCGCAAAAGAGUAUUCUUGGUCCUUGAAUAUGCUCCACGUGGUGAAAUGUACAAGGAACUACAGAGAUGUGGGAGAUUUGAUGAGCAGCGUUCUGCCACAUACAUGGAGGAAAUAUCUGAUGCACUGCUCUAUUGUCAUGAGAGGAAAGUGAUUCAUCGUGACAUAAAGCCAGAAAAUCUGCUUUUGGGCUAUCGUGGAGAGCUAAAAAUAGCAGAUUUUGGCUGGUCGGUCCAUGCACCUUCUCUAAGGCGUCGUACAAUGUGUGGCACACUGGACUAUCUUCCUCCAGAGAUGAUUGAGGGACACACCCACAGUGAGAAGGUGGACCUGUGGUGUAUUGGUGUUCUUUGCUAUGAAUGCUUAGUUGGCAACCCACCGUUUGAAACUGCCAGCCAUUCAGAAACAUACAAAAGAAUUAUGAAGGUGGAUUUGAAGUUCCCCAAAAUCAUCACAGAUGGAGCUCGCGACCUGAUCUCAAAGCUGCUUCGCCACAACCCCAUUGAUCGCCUGUCACUACAGAGUGUCAUUGAUCACCCAUGGGUCCGUGCCAACUCUCGUCGGGUCUUACCUCCCAUCUACCCCUCCAAAAAAUCCUGAGCCCUGCUUGCCAACCUCCUUAGUUUCCCUUAUCUUCUGGGGCUGUUUGAACUGUCCAUCCCAAGAGACUGGUCAGCAUGUACAGGUUUCACUGCCAUGGGGGUCAAAUUGCCAUUAUGCUGGCACAUUUUAUGAUGCGUAUAAAUACAGUUUUCAUAUUGUACAGUGUGAUGUCCUUAUCUAUGUCUAGUAUUUUACUUAGAGGUGUCUGUUUUUAUUGUGAUUUGUCUUUUUUAAAAUGGACACUCCUGUAUUUCUGUAUCUGGUGCCAUUCACACCAAAGUACUACUGGUAGACUGUCUCAAAAUGAGUAUAUUCCUAUAUAGUUUAAGAAUGAUGUGCUUGAGAGUCGUGGUGGGAAGCAUGUUUUAUUGUUCCCUCAAACUUUACAUUUACUUCAGAAUUCUAAUAAACAUUGUUAAAGGA